AGCUAAAAUAUAGGAGAUUUAAAUUGUACAUCUCAUAAUAAAAAAUCAAAUUAGAGUGAAUCUGAAAAUUCGAAAUAAUAAUACGCGUUGCAACAAAGUAUUUGACAAUUUGCUUUGUUCUAUCUCAACUACGCAUUACUAUUUAGCAAGUCAAACUCGAAGGUCACAUCCAACGAUAACUAUAAUGAUAAAAGACAAUUUCUAUGUCGCUUAUCGCUGAAAUUUUAUGGAAAUUUGCGGACGUCUUUUUCAUUGGCAGCAUUUUCAGUUUAUCUAAAAAUUAACGAAAUAUGCGAAUUUUUCCAAAAUGCGUUACGAAUAUAUCUUAUUAUAUAUAUAUAUCUCGAGAUAUAGCAUAAACGAUUGUUAUCGUUUUUGCGCAAUGCGGCAACGAAUCGAUAUCUUUCUCUAAAAAGUGACGGCGAAUUAAGUGAAUUAAUGACGAAACGAGGGAUUUAAUGUUGCGGAAAGUACGACGCAUUUGCGCCGCACUCGAUCACUGACCCCAUAAAUGUACGCUGUACUUCCGAUAGCCCUGAGCAAUCGAUCGACCCGACGAGGCGUAUCAUACGAUUUUAUUGAGAUUAAAAUUUCAUUCUUCAGUAGCAUGAAGUUGCCAAUGCUUAUCGCUCAAAUUUACCUAUGAGUAUCAUUCAAUCAUCAGUGAUUUCUGCUAGUCUGUUUUUAUUUUCUUUUGAUUCGUCCGUUAUUCUUUAAGAAGAUGCUAUAGCUUGUAUUCAUGUACUUAUUUGUGUUCCACACGCAAACAUUGCCUAAUUUUCAAAAUAAAGUUAAUUACAAAGAAUUUCAUCUACGUAAGAGUACGUAGGCAUAUAUAUAGACAUACUCCUAAAUUUUAUAUUUUGUUUGGGGAGAAUUGAUAUUUGCAUGAGAUUCGGCAUAUAAAAUAUAACUGAAAUUGCAUAACUUAAACCUCGCUGUUACUCUUUUUCCUGUUCAAAUCUCACCUUCAAGUUCCAUAACAUGUACACAAAGCAAAGUAAGCGUUCUCGAUCACUGACCCCGCCAAUGUUUGUGCGCGCUACCGCCGCUUCCGCCAGUCCGAACAAUCGAUCGAUCCCCGGCCGACGCGCCGCAGUUUUCCAUCCAUUUCCAUCGUUUUUCGCCGCUUUUUGUCCUAUUGAUUUGCGUAUUACGCAUUUCCCUGCUUUUCGACGCGUUCCAUCUCUGUGCAUUGCAUCUCCGAAGCGUCCCGAAUGCCGGUGCGCGUCGCUUAAUCGAUUAAUCGAUGUUGGAUGCCCUUCGUUUACCAAUCGAUUAUCUUCCCGACAUUGGACGACUUCAGAUUCUCAGCUGUUAAAGAAAUAACCUCAUUUGAAUCUGUCAGUUUUCAGAAAUUAUACAUCGCGUGGAAUGCGAGUAGAGAGCUAAAAAAUAUAGUGAUCGACAAUCUUUAAGUUAAUUUCAAUCUAAAUUAACUUUGGACAUUAUCGAGUGCCCAUAUUAGAAAGUCACUUGCAUUUAGCAGGGUUACUCCAAAAUUAAUCUUUGCUCGCUUAAAACAACUCUCCGGGCGUGAGUGCGGCGCGAGCCCUUUAAAGGUGAAAAAGGGCCUGACGGGAGGGAAAGAAAGAAAGAGCGCGUAGAGACAGGACAAGUGCGCGUGUUACAUUACGUCAGGUCAGGGAGCGAGACAGAGAAAGAAAAACAGAGAGGUGGAGGCAACGCGUCUCUUUGACAUCUGCGCAUUUCUCGCGUUCGCUCAGGGGAAAACUCCAAAACAAGCAACAUGGCGGACGUGAGCAACGAGCCUGCAUCGUCGAGCGGCGUCGCGGAACAGAUCACCGCGACGGCGGCGACCGCCACCGCCGUCGUCACGGCGCCGAUACGCGAGGACCUCGACAAAAGCGAGGACUUCAUCGAGCCUGACAAGAAACGGCGGAAGGUAUUGCGCGCCGAGGACACCAAAUCGGAGCAGAAGCUGGAACACCGCUUGGGCGGUAUCCUCUGCUGCGCAGUUUGCCUCGAUCUACCGCGAGCGGCCGUUUAUCAGUGUGCUAAUGGACACUUGAUGUGUGCUGGUUGCUUCACUCAUGUCCUCGCAGAUGCCAGGCUGCGAGAUGAAAUGGCAACAUGUCCCAACUGCAGAAUUGAAAUCAGUAAAACCACUGCGUCUCGAAAUCUGGCAGUUGAGAAAGCCGUGUCUGAGUUACCAUCCGAAUGUCAAUAUUGCGCGAAGGAGUUCCCACGAAAUUCCUUAGAGCACCAUGAGGAGUCUAUGUGCGAAGAAAGGAUAUCUAGUUGCAAAUAUAGUAGAAUCGGUUGUCCGUGGAGAGGCCCAAAUCACGAGAUUCCGGAACACGAGACACAUUGCGCACAUCCUCAUCGUACAGGUGCGGAUGUGAUGGAGGCCCUGCGCGAAAUCGAUGCCCGCACCUUGGAAGAACGUAGGCUCUAUGACAAUGUCUUUGAUCUUUUGUCCUACGAGAAAAUCACGUUCAACGAUUUACAGAUGAAGCCGUAUCGUACUGACGAAUUCGUUCACAAAUUAUUUUAUGAAACCUCACGAUUCGGCGCUUUCAACAAUCAGUGGGUAGUGAAGGCGAGGAUCAAUAGUAGUCAACGCGAUCCCACUCAAAGUUCAGAGCGAGACAUGACUUAUCAACUGAUUCUAAAGACAAAAACCACUUAUCCGCUACCAGUUUAUUACUUGAUCUUGAAAGGCCCGUUUGGCGAUAUGAAAGUGCAACCGAGAAUUCACAAAUUUGACUUCACCGAGCAGGAUAAUGAGAGUCCAUAUUUUACAUUACCACUACCAGACACGGCAGAGUGCAAUAGACUUCUUGCUGCUAAAGCCAUCAGUUUUAGACUAAUAAUGUUCCUGGCGUCUAAGUAGCUUACAACGAUAAAGUCUAUAAUUUUCAAGAUUUUGUCACAAAUGGAAUCGAUCGACAAGAUCUUCUAGAUGUAACAAUAAAUAAGAGUAUAGAGAUCACAGAGAUUUAUAAUCGUUUAUAGUAGUAAUAAUCGUAAUGAUAAUGAUAAUGAAAGAAAAAAAAAUUGAAGAUACUAAUAUCAAUAUGUUGAAAAACAUAUGUUGAUAAAGAUAAAUUAUAUAUCAAAGUAAUAUAAUAUGGCAUACAGAAAGCACAGUAAUAUUUAAUAAAUAAUUGAAAAACUUUUAUUAGCCAGGUUGAAUUGCUUUACGUCUAUUUUACAUGAAACUUUUACAUAAAAAAAAAGAAAAAAAAACGAAACAACUAAAGACUUGUAGUUUAUGUAGAUUAUUGUUAGACGAGUGGAUUUAAAUUAUAUGUAUUAAUUGUGCAAUGUACUUGUACUCCGAACACAAGCUAUAACUAAGCAAACCUAUGUGAGAGCAGUAUGGCUUAGAUUAAUAUUAAUUUAAUACACAUACCUGUCCACGAAAAGCCUAUUGCAUUUCGUUUAUUUAAGUAAAUUAGACGCUAUCGAUGUAAAAUUCCGAAUAAAAGUUGUAAUAAGCUGAA